CAUUUACAUAUUUGAUAACCAAUACAAAACUAUUCAAGAUUGGUCUGUUAAUCCUACUGAAAAUUCUGAUUCUACUUCACGUGUUAAUAACCUUCAAAAUGAACAAAAUUAUACAUAUUGGAGACCUUCACCAGAAUUCUAA